AUGUCGAACAUCAUCAACAAGGUCAAGGACGCUGUCGCCCAUCACGGCGACAAGAACCACAAGUCCACUGGUACUUCUAGUGAUGCCAACGCCUAUGACUCUACCCAAUCAUCCAACUAUGGUCCCCACGAUAGCAAUGUUGCCAACACCGCCGACCCCCGUGUCGAUAGCGACCGCUCAGCCUACAACACUUCCACUUCUACCAACUAUGGUCCUCAUGACACCAACACUGCCAACGCCGUUGACCCUCGUGUCGAUAGCGACCGCAGCUCCUAUGGCACCUCUGGUGUGACUGGAUCUACUGGCACCCAUGGCACUACUGGUCUGACUGGAUCUACUGGCGCCCAUGGCACUACUGGUCUGACUGGAUCUACUGGCGCCCAUGGCACUACUGGAUCUACCGGUACCAACACUCUCGAUACUUAUGACCUGAACCGAUCCACCAACCACGGUCACCACGACAGCAACAUCGCCAACAAGGCCGAUCCUCGCCUCGACAGCGACCGUGAUGGCCGUGCUUCAUAUGGCACUACUGGCACCACCGGCUCGACUGGCUUCGCUCCUACUACCCACACUUCUACCCACUCCUCUGCCCAGCCUAUCUCCACCGGUGCUGGCUCUACCGGCGCAUACGGUACUACUGGAACUACUGGAACUACUGGCACCACCGGUGCUUAUGGUACCACUGGUACUGGCAAUGUUGCCGACACUUUCGACUCAAGCCGAUCGACCAACCACGGUCACCACGACAGCAACAUUGCUAACAAGGCUGAUCCUCGCCUCGACAGCGACCGUGAUGGACGUGCUUCUUACGGCACCACCGGUACCUCUGGUACCACCGGUGCUUACGGUUCGACUGGUGCUUCCGGUACUACUGGAGCCUAUGACUCUGUUCCCUCCACCCGCUCUGCUGCCAGCGGCCCUGCCAGCUCUACCGCAGGUCCCCACAGCAGCAACAUCGCCAACGAGGCUGAUCCCCGUGUGGACAGCGACCAGAGCAAGCAGAAGAAGGAACACAUUGCUGGCCAAUUCUCUGGCGUCGACCGCUUCGACAAUGACGUUCACAAGGGCAGCAUUGCUGGCGGCAACCAGGUCAUCGGCCUGCACGGCAGCAAGGGACCUACCACCACCAAGAAUUUCGACCAGUCUCAGACCGAGAGCACUGCCGGUAGCAGCUACAGCACCGGUGGCCCUACCACUGCUGGUCCUCACAAGAGCGACACUCUGAACAAGCUCGACCCUCGCGUUGACUCCGAUCUUGAUGGCUCCAAGACCGUCGGUGGUAACCAGACUGGUGCUCAGACUCAGACUCAGACUCAGCGAUUCUAA